AUGAACGAGGGUAUGCAAUACCCAAAUAAUAUCAAUUUAACGCUGAGACUCGGCAAAACAUUCGACAUCACAUACGUUAGGUUGAAAUUUAUCAGUCCACGACCAGAAAGUUUCGUUAUUUUCAAGAAAACUCAACCCGAUGACGAAUGGAUUCCGUGGCAGUACUACAGUGGUUCUUGUCGAUCAACUUACGGAAUGCCGGAGAAAGCACCAAUCUUGCCGGGCAAUGAGGCUGUCGCACAGUGUACCCGAGAAUUCUCUGAUAUUUCUCCGCUGACCGGUGGCAAUAUUGCAUUCUCGACACUGGAAGGGCGACCAAGCAGCCAGAAUUUUGAGGAGAGCGAAACUCUUCAGGUCAGAUUAUUGCAAAAAUUUUCUUUUCAUCUUCAUAGCUCGAAAAUUUGUAUUCUACGGAAGAGCCAAAAAUAA